GAAGGUGCAGCAGAUAAUGUGAAUGCUGAGGAAACACAACCUUCUUCUCCCACUACUCCAGAGAGAGAUAUUACAAGUGGUUCUGAUACUGCAAACGCUGGAAAUGGCACUACUUCUCCAAAGGAUGAAUCUCAAAGUAACUCAUCUGAUGUGGGAAAUACAGAAACCACCACUGAGGAAUCAACCACAACCACAACACUUCCUCCUGAACUCACAAACAACAAGAAGGGUGAUGCAGACAGCAGCAGCAGUAUCAUCAGUUCUGUGUGGGUACGUUUGCCACUACUGAUUGUGGUUACACUGGCCUGUAUUCUUGUAUGCUGA